AUGGAAUCGGAGCCGGGGAGGAGGUGGAAGAGUGCGUGCAGACGGGCUUGGGGCAGCGGUUUCAAGCAGGCUACAGCAUGCGAGCCAGGCCGGUGUGACUCUGGCUUUGAGACAGACUGGCGGCCAUGUGCUAGCGGACCAGACAAAGAGGGUGUGCGGUUGGCGCGUGCCAUGCUGCGAUCCAGCCCAUGCCAUGGCUCAAAGCCCACAAGCACAAGCACAAGACAAGGGCGCGCGCGGCCGGGAGCGGGCAGCGACGAUGAGUCCUUGGUGAGGAGCGGCGAGGCUGACCAAUGCCCUCGGCCAGCUUUACAUGCCGGGCGCACUUUGCAGUCAGAGAGACACUGGCUAUGCGCAUCCACGGCUCCGUGUCGCCCACCAAGCAGCGCCAACCCCGGCUGGGCGGUGACGGGCCCCGUAACCGUAAUCUCUCAGAAUACACCUGCCAGAGCGGCUGCUUUUGCCAUUGCACCCCCUAGCCACCCACCAGUGUGCCACAACAAGGCCCCAUGGCUGCGUGGGAGCCUGCAAUGCCGCAUUCCCACCCUCUCCCUCUUCCUCGCUCGGCUUCCGGUGGAGGAGCUGGGCCACACGGGCUUCCGUCAUCAGUCUCGGUUGCCCUUUUGUCUAUUACUAGACCCAGCUACCACACUGCCUAAUAAGGGGGGAGAGGGGGCUGCCCAUGCUGGUGGCCCGUCAGCGGCGGCUGCCGACAAAGCUGUUGGCGACGGAAUUCCAUUCUAG